CACACUUCAAUCUUGAAGUUGCAGUGCAGCUAAAAGCCAGAUUGGUGGAUCAGGAAUACACAGUUGAGGUGAGCUGAGCAAAAAUCCAAACCUAUCAAGAAUUAUGACUGCGAAAAUGCACCGCGCCAUCAAAACGGCUCUCAGUCCACGGAGGUCUGCAAAUAAUCCUGUUCUGCUGGAGUUCGCAGCCGGAGACCAAGUCGACGGUACAUCCGAAUGCAACUUUGCACAACAGCUCUUUAUAGACAGUCUGGAUCUCGCCCAUAAAGCACUCGACACACAAUUCAUUCAAGGCAUCAAGACAGGCACGCUUGAUCCCACAGUUUAUGGAGGAUACACAGUUCAAGAUGCAGCCUAUGUCUAUAAUGGGGCAGAUCUGUUUGUAAAACUAAAUAAGGAAGCUGCAGAACAGGGUCUGUGUGAUCUGGCCAAUUUUGCACAACAUGAAGCCAAGUCGUGGGGCUCGUUUGCACAACAGAUGCUCAAGAACUGGCACAUCAGUGAGCCUUCGGCAGUAGCUCUCAAUAUAGCCGCCAAAGAUUACCAGAAAUUCAAAGAAGACGUUUUUGAAUCGUCGCCGCCGUAUUACAUGAUUAUUGCUUUGCUGCCUUGUAAUAGGCUUUGGGCUUGGCUUGCAAAGACACUAGAGCCUUUUGCCACUGAAUCCAAUCUUUACGCUUUUUGGAUAACUGGAAACAUCAGUACAAAUGACCACUGGGAUAAUUUUGUGAACCACCAUGCUUCAAAAUUUGAUUACAAAGAAGCUCUUGAAGUGUUUCGUAAAGGAAUGGAGCACGAAGUAGAUUUUUUUCAGUCAGCCUUUGAUGCAAAUACUUGAUAAAGAGCUGUGACAGAGUAACUCUCAGUAGUUGUUGCUAUAUUGGCUGAUGCAUUAGCGUUCUAGAUCAACUGUUCGUGUCUUAGCCUCGUCCCCAGACUCAAGUGA